UUUUUUUUUACAUUGACAACUUUGAAUCCAUUCUGUAUAUCCAUUCGUUUUUCUUCCUUUUUUGAUGGAAUACUUUGGAAAACUAUUCUCUUCAGUUCAUACUUUCUAUAAUGAACUGAAUCCUGCUACUUUAUCUGGUGCCAUUGAUAUCAUUGUAGUAGAACAACCCGAUGGUCAAUUAUCUUGUUCUCCUUUCCAUGUACGUUUUGGUAAACUCUCUGUUUUACGACCUCAAGAAAAAAAGGUUACCAUCAAAGUGAACGAUCAAGUUGUCCCUUAUAGUAUGAAAGUCGGUGAAGCUGGAGAGGCCUUUUUUGUUUUUGAAACAACUCAUCAUGUACCCGAAGAAUAUCAGACAUCUCCAUUACUUGAUGCAUACAAUCAAGAAGAUAUGAAACCAGUGGAGGAUCCUCCUUUUUUGGAUAUUGGUCAAUCAAACCAUCAUACCGAAGAAUCUAUAGAUACCACCAACAAGGUUACAUUAGAUGAUGAAUUUGAAGAGGAUGAAAAACAUGAUAAUGGACAACCUAUGGAAUUACAAUCCCCAAAGAUGAUCAUUGAAGAACAAAUGGAUAAGGUGGUCACACAUUUAGACUCUUCAUAUCAUACCUCAGAUGACAUGUCACUCAAUCAUCUUCAAAAUACAAUCAACAAAUUGGAUAUACAACAGCAACAACAACAACCUAUCAAUGAUACUUAUCCUCAAAGCGAUGGCUCCACAAUUUUAGAACGUAUCAUGUCUGAACCUAUCUCAAGUUCAGCUAUUGCAAAGGAAACUUUUAUUGUCCGACCAGUAGGUGCUGGAAGCUUAUGGAUGGAAGUGACAAGAAAUAAUGACUCUUUACAGUCUCUGCAACAACAGCAACCACAACAAUCGGAACAGCAACAAUCGGAUCAUCAUCAUUUUCAGAAGAAAGACGAAAAUCAUGGAAAAACAACAGAUUCUACACAUUCAGCAUCAACAUCUUUGACUAAUCCAACAGAUGGCGACUCUAUAUUUUUGGAUAUGGCUGGAUACAAGACUCAGCAUGAUCAUGCUCAGGAAAACACAAACAUUCCUCCAGAAACAGAAACAAUAUCAUUGGACUUGAAAGAGAACAAAGUGAACAAGGAUGACUCUACGAAACAAGAAACAUCUAUCAAUACAUGGGGAUGGGGACAAUCUUACAAAGGACAUCUAUCACCAUUGGAAGAUGAACCAGAGCAACACUGGAAACCUAGCGAUAUGGAUAAUGAAAUUCAAGUUAAACCUGGUCAAACUUAUCGGAUUGAAGUUAGUCUCUGUGGAUUUUCAGCUUUUGGUUUGGAAGAAGAAAAAAAUGCAUCAGUUUUCAGGCAACAUCAAAUAUCAUUUGACGACUUUGUUCAAAAUCCGAAUAUUCUGAACGACAAAAGUCUAGUAUUCAAACAUCAAGGUCGUUAUUAUGCUGCUGGUGGUUCUGGUCCUUUGUUUACAUCUCUUUUGGUAUUCCGGAAACCGAUGAAUGGUCUGUCUCAUUAUGAUGGUGAUCAAGGAACUAGUGAAAUGCAAAGCAAAGGUACUUAUACAUUCGGACGUGGUUGGCGGCAAUGGUUUAGUCGAUCCUCAGUUCAAUCAAUGGAAACAACAUCUAUGGAUGAUCGUACAACGAUGGACAAAAAGCCAGAAGAACAUAUUACCUCUCUCUUGACUGAUGGCGACGAUAAGCAUAGUAACUCAUAUCAUACUACAUUUACAACCACAACUAAAGCGACGGCAGUGGGAUUGACCAACAACAGUGAUGAUGAUCAAGUAUAUGAUAAAAAUAGAACGAAAACGGAUACAUGUUUACCGCCAAAACGACGCAACUACGCCAAGACUCUACGACUAGCGUCUGAUCAACUUAAGAGUCUCCCUCUAAAAAAAGGUGUGAAUACAAUUUCUUUUUCGGUGACAUCGUCAUACCAAGGUACUGCUACGUGUGUGGCUAAGCUAUUUUUAUGGGAUGCCAAUAUCAAAGUGGUGAUAUCAGAUAUCGAUGGGACUAUUACCAAAUCGGACGCUCUUGGACAUGUUUUUACAAUGAUUGGCAAGGAUUGGACCCACAAUGGUGUGGCGAAAUUAUAUACAGAUGUACACCGUAAUGGAUACCAAUUUUUAUAUCUCACCAGCCGUGCGAUUGGACAAGCAGAUUAUACUCGGGAUUAUUUGAAAGGUGUAGUACAAGAUGAUUAUCAACUCCCAGAUGGACCAGUACUCAUGUCCCCAGAUCGAUUAUUUACUUCCUUCCACCGCGAAGUGAUUAUUCGUAAACCUGAAAUGUUCAAGAUGGGAUGUCUUCGAGAUGUGCGACGAUUAUUUGGUGAUCAUGAUCCUUUCUAUGCUGGCUUUGGUAACCGUAUCACUGAUGGAAUCUCUUAUCGUAGCGUGGAUGUUCCAGCAAGUCGUAUCUUCACCAUUGAUCCUUAUGGAGAGGUCAAAUUGGAAUUACUUUUGGGCUUCAAGUCAUCUUAUGUGGAUCUCAAUGGAUUAGUGGAUCAAAUGUUUCCUCCUUUACACAAUGACCGCGAAGUAGAAGAUCAAACAUUUAAUGAUUGGAAUUUUUGGAAAGCGCCAUUACCAGAUAUAGAUUUGCCUGAAUUGGAACCUGUAUCCUCUCCUGCUACUUCAACAGCAACAGCAGGAAUAACAACAUCAACAACAACGACAACGACAACAACAACAACAACAACAACAAAUAUAACGGAAAUGGAUUCAAUAAAAACAAAAGGAUCAACAUCACCAGUACUUACCACUAGAUCUCCACCAUUCAAACCAAAGCCAAUCGUACCAGACAUAUCCACAUUACCUAAAGAAUCUGUGAUCGAUGUCUCUAGUCCAACCAGACAAAAACGUGGUAUAUUACGUCGAUUCACCUCUCGAUCCUCAUUACAAUCCAACUCAUCAGCCGCUCCUACAAGUUCUUCUGUCUCCGCUAGUCCUUUGAUCACAGUUCACAAGAAGAAUAUACUGCUCAGUAAUAGUCAAUCAACACCUAAUCUUACUACCAACAACAAGUUAUCCGAUUUAAAGCAACAGCAACAGCGGAAUUUGUCUUUUGAAUUAUUGGAUGAUGAUACCUUUGAUGCGACCUUGGAUGCUUUGGAAGAUGAAAUAGAUAUGGAUUCUAUCCCCUUUAUUUAGAUAUAUAUAACUUCACAUUUGAUACCAUUUUGAUACACUUAUCCCCGGUUCUCUCAUUUCUUUUGUAUUAUUUUUAUUAUUUAUUAUUAUUAUUAAUUCAUUAUUAUUUAUUAUUAUAUAUUUUGAAUAAACUUACAUUGAUAGAG